GGUUGAACGGUUCGGAUUCCGCCUUGGCCAGCAUGAACAACAGUCUUACUCCGGCACUCCGAGAACAACAGAUGAAGUUUCAGCAACAACUGUUUCAUUUGAAACAACAACAGCAACUACAACAACAUCUUUUGAUCCAACACUUUCAGCAGCAACAGCAACAGCUUGUCCAGCAACAUGAGAAACAACUACAGGACAGUUUUAAGGUAUAUUUACAUCAACAGACGUUGGAGGAGCAACAAAAACUUGAGCGAGAAAGAAUUGAAAAGGAAAUUCUUGACACAAUAAAGAAAAAAGAAAAGCGUGAACAAA